CCCAUUACUCAGUAACAAUUAUUAUAGUAAUACGUUUAAUGUAAAUCUAUUUCGUGCGCAUUGUACGUCGAGAGCCACCGUAGUUUAAGCUUGCGCCUGUCAUGGCCGUCGAGAGUUGUCAUUUUGGAGUGUGUUUUUAGGAAUUACUUGGUUCCAUCGUAGAAUUGAUAGGAAAUGGCAGGAUGUUUCCUAGUCACAUUGUACGAGUACUCGCCACUCUUCUAUAUUAGCGUAGUUUCUUUGUGUUUCGUUGUUACAGCCGCCAUUGUCCUUGGCUGGUUUGGGUUUGAUGUCCCAGUGAUCUUGCGUGGCUCUGAUGACGCACAGUCCAUCCUACCAACUCCCGAAAAGAAAAUGGUUCAGGUGACUAAUCCUUUUUCCCUCGAGAUGGGUUCAGGAUUCGCAUCUGUUGCAGAUGGUGUGUGGUUGAAGCCAUGUUGUUUGGAGCCCUGCGUCUUGAGCUGCUUCUGGGGUUGUGAGGUCAGCGUCCUACAGCGAGCGUUGCAGGCCCACCAGGGUGGCUCCGGGUUCAGUACCCCCCAUCAUUUCCAAGACGCGUUGCACCACUUCUAUCAUCACUGCCAGACCUUCUUUAUCAGCAGUGAAGACAGAGAGGAACGCUAUACUCGUAUUCCGGCUGAUCAGGGACUCACAGAUUUUGGCCCAUUGCCAAGACAAUGCUAUCCUCUCGUGGCUGUGUUGACCUUGGUGGAACAAGAAGCCCGAGACGCUUACAACAUUGUGGCCAGCGUCAGCGUUAUUCAUGUACCUGAUAAUAAACACAACCUGUCUGCAAGGAUCCUCUUCCAGUACCUUCUCACCUCACAAGGGAACAUGUACGAGUUAAAGGCUCUCUUCAUGUCAGCGAACGGUAGUGGAGAAUCUGAUCAUCCUGAUACUGACCCAGUUACCGGUCCCAGUGAGCCCGAGUGUGAGGAGGAAGAGGACCAACAGGUGGCAGCAGUUGUAGAGGGUGAUGAGGAAGAUGAUCAAUGCUGGUCCGAGGGGCAGGGCAGAGACUGCGUGGUGUGUCAGAAUGCAGCCGUCAACCGGGUUUUGCUGCCCUGCAGACACGCUUGUGUUUGUGACAGUUGUGUGGCUCACUUCCAACACUGCCCCAUAUGUAGGGCUUUCAUCCAGGAGUCCUUUGUGCUGACUCUUGGUCCAGCUGCAUCUGAACAAUGACGCCAUUGGGCCAGUAACAGUUAGCCAACCCCACAGGAAUCUGUGUCACACUAUUAAGAGUAAUAUUGGAAUUAUUUUAUACCAUUUAGGUAUUGGUUUUCUAUGAAGAACAUGCUGCUGCUCUGGCUUCAUUGAGUUUUUAAUUUGAUUUCCCUGUUUUCACCUUUCCCUGUUGAAUCUUACAACACAGAAGGCAUGUGUGACAUUAGCAUCUUAAGCAACAUUCAAAUGAUGUGACUCAAGGCUGUAAUAAUUUAUAUGAUAAAACUGUACUUUUCCCACUGAGAAAGGGUUUCAGUUUAUUGGGUGUGUAUCGAGACAAGUUUUCCAAUUUGUGAAGAAUGUAAAUAUUUUGUGCUGGAGUUUAUGCUCCUGUUGUUUUCGUUGAAGGUGCAAAAUGAGGUGUGAAGGAUUGUGUCAGCCCUGGGACUGACUACUGGCUGGCGUACACUUGUCACUUAGCUGAGAUAGGCUCCAGUUUCCCAGUGUUCCUGAAGCGCUACAAAAGAAAAAUGUCUCCUCCUUAUGAAUAUAUGAACAGUAUGAUGCAUGUUCAUUUUAGAACUUCACACUAUUAACCACAGUCAAACCUUAUUUGACUGGAUGGUAUUGUUUUCCUUUUAUUAAUUCUAGGUUGGGCGGCACGGUGGGCGACCGGUUAGAGCGUCAGCCUCACAGUUCUGAGGACCGGGGUUCAAUCCCCGGCCCCGCCUGUGUGGAGUUUGCAUGUUCUCCGCGUGCCUGCGUGGCUCACAUCCCAAAGACAUGCGUGGUAGGUUCACUGACAACUCUAAAUUGCCCGUAGGUGUGAAUGGUUGUUUGUUUGUAUGUGCCCUGCGAUUGGCUGGCAACCAGUUCAGGGCGUACCCCGCCUCCUGCCCGAUGACCCGCGUGAGGAGAAGCGGCUCAGAAAAUGGAUGGCUAAUUCUAGGUUGAAUAUCAAUGGUUGCUGGUUGAUUCAUUACGUUGACAUUGGUGAUCAGGUCUCCUGAUCAUGAAUGAUUAGAUUGACAAGAUUACUGUUACAAUCAUUGACAGCUGUUAAAUUCAAAUAUCCAUGUUAAUAUGGAGGACUGGUAGUGAAUGAGGUAAAACGUGUGUUGUAUGCACUGUAGUUGAAAACCAAUUUGUACUGAAAACUGGUUAGAGUACGUUUAAACCGUUUCAAAUAAAUCCUGUCACAUGAUUAUAAAAGAAAAUGUAUUGAAAAUAAAAGAGCUUUAAAGAGAA